AUGGCAUAUCUCUACAAUCCGGCUCACUCCGACUCCACACACUGUGCUGCCGCCCCAUGGGACGCAUCACUCGCUCUCAACGAGACGAACGAUUUUCACACUCACGUGCACAUGCAGAACUUGCACUGGCCUGCGUUAUCCGUCGGCGCCCUCGCGCACCACGUAUACCCCAGAGGAGACAGCGCAUCCACCCCGAGCCCUUCCGCCGCCCUCCCGCCCGAUGCACAAGACUUCCUCGGCGCUCGCCUCGCUCUCUUUUCCGACGCCCCGUCCCGCAUCCGCCAAUGGCUCCACAUGCUCGCACACCCCGCGCACGCCGUGCGCAUCGAGCCCGCGCUUCCAUCUCCGCCCGCGUACGGGUAUGCAAACACGCACAAGACCUUCUCCGCCUCCACCCACGACCUCUACGCAUUCUCACCCGGCACAUACAGCCCCGGGGCAUCUUCAAGCUCCGACUCGACGAACGCGCUCGACAUACUCCCGUGGAAUCCCACAUUGUACACCGUGCCCGACGCGCACACGGCGAGCCUGCGGUGCCAGUGGGACGGCUGUACGCAAUGCUUCGAGACCGCACGCUUCGGGGACAUCGAGGCGCACCUCCGUGCCGCGCACUUUGCGCUCGAAGAAUGGGACGCCGACCGGCGCGGGCUCUGCCGCUGGGUAGGCUGCGAGCGCGACAAGACGCUCUUUUUCAAAAGCUUCGCGAAGCACAUCGCCACGCGCCACUUGCGCUCGACGGCCACGGUGUGCACAGUUCACGGGUGCGGGGAACGCUUCACGCGCGCGGAUUCGAAGGCGCGCCAUUUGAUAAAGGUGCAUGGUGUCGGCCUCUACGGCUGA